CCCACCCUCGGUGCCAUUCUUGCAGGCCUCUCCUUUGAAUUUCUCUUCUCAUCAGGAGCUUCAGGGAAAAAUUGUCAUCUGUGUAACCUGUUGUGAUGUGGAAAUGGUGGAGGCUGCCAAUAUGCCCCACUCCUCUACCUCUAUUGCCACACAGCACCACCACCAUGCCCUAAGUCCCACCCUGAGUCUCCCCCUUGCCAGUCUCCUCCUAUCCCAUCUCUCUCCCCUUGAUCAGGCUUCCCAAACCACCCCCAGAGCCCUUCCUCAGAACGUAGGUAGUAUGGCACUGUCUGGAUCUGGUGUUCACAAUUUGUUUUUCUAGAUGACCUCUAGAUCCUUCUACAGUAUUGUGACUCAGUUUCCCUCCUUCUACCACCUAGUAUUAUUGAAGUCUUGAGUUAGGAUAGAGGAAAAAUAUGUUGCUUUUAAGGUAAAAUUACCAAUAUUUCACCUCUGGCAGAACCUGCCCUGGCUCAACUUCCUCCCCCUGAAAAGCACCCCCAUGGUGCUAGAGGCCAGACUGAGGUUUGGAAUGGAGGGGGCAGAGGCAGACCAGGGCUCAGAGAAAGACCAUACACAGCAAAAAUCAUUCUGUUCCAGGCCUGCAGGGUUCACAGAUUCCAGCCUUGGCCAGCCAAUAACAGUGGAUCCUCUAAUCCUCCUGGAUGGGGCAAUUCACUCCUUUAGACACCCUCCCUGCCAUCCCCCAAUUCUCACCCCCAAUUUCUGAAGCUGGCUGACUCAGAGUAGCCCUGAGGCCCCCAAGAACACUGCCUUUGACCCCAAGUAUUUCCCCUGAUCAUAUCACAAGCAGAAUUUAGCAGCAUUCAUCUAUCUGACAUCAUGUCAGGGCCCUGAACCUCCAAUUUAAGGCCCAAAGCUCCCCUCUUCCCUCCCUUCCCAGAAUCUCCCCAAUCCCCAACCCUUCUCUAUUGAUUCUCCUUAUCUCUCCACUGGGAGGAGGGGGGGAGGGGAAGAGAAGGAAGCAGCUUUAUAAGGGGUGGACAGUGGCUGCGGCCCUCCUCAGCAGUGAUGGGGUUAAGAGGCUGGGCCAGCAGCCUUUUGUCUGCCCCUCCCCAUGGAUUAAGAGCUCUUCUAUAAAGGAAGCUGUCCAGUGGGGCCAGGCCAGGGGGGUAGCAGGGACCCAGGAACUGUAUCUCCCCUGUUCCCCCCGUUCCCCCCUUGCAAUGUGGGAACUUCGCUCAGCCUCCUUCUGGAGGGCCAUUUUUGCCGAAUUUUUCGCCACCCUCUUUUAUGUCUUCUUUGGGCUGGGAGCCUCCCUACGCUGGACCCCCGGCCCCAUACACGUCCUACAGGUGGCUGUGGCCUUUGGACUGGCCCUGGCCACGUUGGUGCAGGCAGUAGGCCAUGUCAGCGGAGCCCAUGUCAACCCAGCCGUCACCUUCGCUUUCCUCGUGGGCUCCCAGAUGUCCCUGCUCCGGGCCCUCUGCUACAUUGUAGCCCAGUUGCUGGGGGCUGUGGCUGGGGCUGCUGUGCUGUACAGUGUUACCCCCGCAGCUGUCCGUGGGAACCUGGCGCUCAACACGCUACACCCUGGGGUGAGCGUGGGUCAGGCCACUAUCGUGGAGAUCUUCUUGACCCUUCAGUUUGUGCUCUGCAUCUUUGCCACGUUUGAUGAGAGGAGGAAUGGACGCUUGGGUUCUGUGGCAUUAGCUAUUGGUGUCUCUCUCACCUUGGGGCAUCUAUUUGGGAUGUAUUAUACAGGUGCAGGCAUGAACCCUGCUCGAUCCUUUGCUCCUGCUAUCCUCACCAGGAACUUCAGCAACCACUGGGUGUACUGGGUAGGACCGAUCAUCGGGGGAUCUCUAGGUGGCCUCCUCUAUGACUUCCUCCUCUUUCCCCGGAUCAAGAGUGUGUCAGAGAGACUAACUAUCCUCAAGGGUAUCAGGCCCAAUGACUCUGAUGGGCAACCAGAGGUCACUGGGGAGCCUGUUGAGCUAAAGACCCAAGCCCUAUAGGGGCCUCAAUAGGACUGAAGUGGACAAAGGCUGUUUUGUUUUGGUGGCAGGGGGAAAGCCAGUCCCCAGGGGGAUGGGGGGCAUGUACCUCUUUAUUUUUUUAUUUAUUUGUGGGGGCAAGGUGUUUGUUUUUUUGCUGUGUGAGAUCUGGUUAGUGCAGAUACCACCCCCCACCAUGCCAUGGUUACAUGCUUGUGCAUAUGUAUGUGGAUGUGUGUGGCUAUGUAUCUGCUUGUGUUUAGGGGCAUGAAAGUUGGGGGAAGGAAAUGGGGCUGGGUUUGUAUGUUACCCUAUGCUUCUCCUGACUCUCCCUACAACCCAUUUGGGAUAUAUAAAGGGUAAGGGCAGAUCUAGCACCCCUAAAUUUUCCCUUUUCAUUGUACUGCCAGCUGUGACCCUUGAUUUCCAACUAUAGGGGUGACGGGGGCUGCUCUGAAAGGUGAGAAAACUUCUGCGAGGCAAAGGAUCGUGCAUUUCAAGAGGGAGACAGCUAUUUAGUCUAGAAGGGAAUUUUGGGGUGGAGAAGCUCAGCAUCUCUUUUGGGGUGAGGUUGAGACUUUGCAGAUGAAAGGAAUUCCAAGUAGAGGAUGGAACAGAAGCUUCAGACCAAGUUGUAGCUGGACCAUGUAAAGCUAAAGAGACAUGACAGGUGAAGACAAGAAAUUCUCCCCACCUCAGAGCUAUUUGCCUGGUGGGUAGGCUGGCUGCUUGGAAUGAGAGCAUACUCCUCAGGUUUGGGCUAUUUUGUAAAGCAGCAUAAACCCCUCUACACAAAA